AUGUGUUUCGGAUUCUUAAUUCCUGAUGAACACAUGCAGUCUGUUGGAAAAAUGUAUCACGACAAACUUUAUCCGGAUGACGAAAUUGAAGACUAUUAUGCGCACGCUACGUAUGGCGAUGUCGCCUCUACAACUUUCAUGGAAAGAGCCAAACAAUUACCAUGGGCAACUCCAAGAAUGGAAACUGUUUAUUCUACCCGUGAUGGCGACAUUGGACGAGUUGUGUCACUAUUCGACAAUUAUUCGCAUCAUUUGGGACAACUGGGUAGUCCGAGGCGUCCUGGACCCAAACAGCUCACGCGAGGAAUCAUCGAGCAGUACCAAAAGGCGAUUGAGGUCGACAUAUUGCCGCGCUGGUACUAUUUGACGGAUCAGUCAGUGGUUUGUGUACCUUUCCGAAACGUUAUGUACUCGACGCCACAUUUCGGCGUCCUUACUCUGAUUUUUGAUUUCUACAUCGGAGUCACCGGUCUAGUGACUCUUUCUUCUUGGAUAAACCUGUCUGAGGGACGCAUACUGGCACUGGUGGUUGCUCGUGGGAGUGCUGCUGGGUUCGGCCAAAGUCAUGUUUGCGCCGCUCGAAGGACUUUCAAGAGCUUCUGUGGAGAUGGCGCGUGA